UGUCUUUACAGAUGUCAAAGAUUCCCUUUCCAUCCUGGGCAGUUAAAUGGAUCAACAUCAGAAAGAAUUACAGUAAUUUUUACAGCACUAAAAGGAUGUGCCUGAAAGAGAUGCUGCGGAGGCUGGGAAUGAACUUUGAGGGUCAGCCCCAUUGUGGUCUUGAUGAUUCUCGCAAUAUUGCACGUGUAGCAAUUAAGCUCCUAAAGGAUGGAGCCAACUUGAGAGUUAAUGAACGUAUCCAUCUGAGGAAAGAUGGCAGUUAUAAUUCAAGAGCUCGAGUUUACAACAUAUCGAGACACAACUUCAGUGGAAUGAAGAAGAAAUUGCUGCCAAAAGACAAGUGCGAUGAUGUUGGUGAUGAAUGUGAGGACGAGUCGGGUACUGAUCCUGAAGAUGUCAAACCUUGGGUCGACCCUACUGACAAAGACGAAUUUCCCGAUCUAAUGCCAAAGCCUCGUAUUAUGUUACAUCGAUGAAAUGUAGAGUAGACCGACUAUAGUACUCAAAAUAUUCUUAAGCUAUAUUUAGUUGUAAUUCAUUAACUUUUAUUUUCCCCUUAUUUUUAAAUAUAUAGAGAUCAGGAUAAGGUGUGGUAGAAAGAUACAACCCUUAAUUUAGAAUAUUUUUUUUUAUUCUAAAGUGCCUGCACUCUGCAGGAGGGGUGGGGAUAUUUGCUGUUUGGAGGGGCAUCUGAAUUGUAGUAUCGGUGCACCUCUGGCAAAAUAGUGAUAGAGUGAGUGCUGGUGAAAGUGUUUCUUCUUUUUCAGGUCACCUUGCCUAAGUGGGAGAUGGCUGGUUUAUUGAAAAGGAAAAUGCAUUCUAACAGAUCUUUAUCAAGUUAAUAUUAUCAUGUGUUCAGAAUAUUCAAUGCUUGGAGAUUAGGAGGAGGUACAGGGUUACUAAAAGUAUUUUCCAGAGAGAUGAGAAGUUGGUGAGGUGGUUGAAACAUUUAGAGAGGAUGGAACAAAAUAGGAUGAUUUGGAGGGCGUAUAAAUCUGUAGCAGAGGGAAAGUGGGGUAGGGGUCAUCCUUGGAAAGGCUGGAGGGAAGGGGCAGUGGAGGUUUUGGGUGCAGGCUUAGACAUCCAACAAGUGUGUGAGUGGAGGCAAGUGGUUUUUAUGACAUGGACGUGCGGUUGGAGCAUGAGCAAGGUAAUACAUAUUUAUGAAGGGAUUCAGGGAAACCAUUAGCCAUACUUGAGUCCUGGAGGUGGGUAGUACAUUGCCUGCACUCUGAAGAAGGGAUGAGGGAUAUUUGCAGUUUUGUACUGUAGUACAGUGGACCCCCGAUUAACGAUAUUUUUUCACUCCAGAAGUAUGUUCAGGUGCCAGUACUGACGGAAUUUGUUCCCAUAAGAAAUAUUGUGAAGUAGAUUAGUCCAUUUCAGACCCCCAAACAUACACGUACAAACACACUUACAUAAAUACACUUACAUAAUUGGUCGCAUUCGGAGGUAAUCGUUAUGUGGGGGUCCACUGUAUUGGUGCCCCUCUGGCAAGACAGUGAUGAAGUGAGUGAUGGUGAAAGUGUUCUUUUUCAUGGGUCACCCUACCUUGAUGGGAGAUGGUCAGUUUGCUAAAAAAAAAAAUAGGUAAAAAAAAUAUAAAUUUAUUUAA